AUGUCCUCCGCAGAUAUAAAGUAUCCCUGGGAUAUAGUAGGAAGUACACAAGCUAAGCGGGUGUCGUGGAUCCGGAAGCGCGACAUCCACAUCCUGACGUCCAACAUCUUCACGUACACGGGCGACGGCCGCUUCGGCGUCAUCCACCCGGAGGGCUCCGACGAGUGGAACCUGCGCGUCGAGUACGUGCAGCACCGCGACGCCGGCAUCUACGAGUGCCAGGUCAACACCGAGCCCAAGAUCAACAUGGCCGUCAUGCUGAACGUCGAAGGGACGGCGCAGGCCAGCAUCUGGGGGCCCGACGAGGUGUACGUGAAGAAGGGCAGCACCAUCAGCCUGACGUGCUCGUUGAACGUGCACUCGUCGCCGCCCAGCUCCGUGCUGUGGUACCACGGCGGCGGCGUGCUGGACUUCGACUCGCCGCGCGGCGGCAUCAGCCUCGAGACGGAGAAGACCGAGGCGGGCACCACCAGCAAGCUGCUGGUCACCAAGGCGGCGCUCGGCGACUCCGGGAACUACACCUGCGUACCUUCCAACGCCAACCCGGCCAGCGUGUGGGUGCACGUGCUCAACGGCGAGCACCCGGCCGCCAUGCAGCACGGCGAGCUGGGGGCGUCCGCGCGCCUCGAGGCGCCGCUGUGGCUCCACGCGGCGGCCAUCUUGCUGGCGGCGGCGCUGCGCCGGCCGCGGCUCGCCAACGCGGCGACCCCCAGGUGA